GUAGCAAUACAAGAAUAGGGCGCAAGAAAUGAAAGAGGUGGUUAAAGAAGAGUUCGUUGAAUAAAAUGGAUUUUAAGUCAUCUUCCUCGAAGGAUGAAAUAUCUACAGAGACACAGUUUAAAAGACUUAUUGCAUCCCGAAGGAAAUCCAGAGAAGGCCGCUCCACAGAGUCUGUAAAUGAAGAUCUUCAUGAAGCAGUUGUUCAGCUUAUCAUCCAGCACCAAGACUUAGAUUUCCUUGUGAAAGAGGCAAGACCAGCUGUGAGACAUCCCCAUGGAUCUCUGCUGCAGAGUAAUACGGGCACUAUUCCUGCUGAAGACAAAGGGAGCAACUCUACUAGUACACCAAACACAGCAUUUUCAGUCGACAGCUGUGUGUCGUGGGUGAAGGAGAAAGCUCAGCAAACCAUCAGCGCGGGACUGACCACGGCAACCAUAUGUGCCUCACAACUCCUGAAUAUCAUCCAGAACACUGACUGUUUGCUGCUUUUAGAUACAGUGACUAGGGAAGAUGUUGAAGUCUUGGUUCAAGUGAUGGUGAAUUUAAUGUCUGAGCAGUGUUUCAACAGAAAAACAUUUUNAAAAGAUUAG